AUGUCAAUCAGGCGGGCCCUAUCCAAGGCCUUCCGUGGCCCGGGUGACAACGACGAUGACUCCAGGUCAGGCAUUCGCUCGACCCUGUCGCCCAGCAACUUCUUGCGCGAUCGCGACUACGUCUCUUCGUCCGAGGAUGUCUCUGAUGACUCGUCCUCGACUGGUGCCCUCAGCAAGAACCAGCAGAAACGAUUAGUGCGUCAGCAGCGUCGCAGCGAACAGCGUAGCCGGCUCAGCGAGGAGCAGUUCUCCGAACCCGAGCCGCGCCGGAAGACGAUAGAGAUCGCCCGUGCGGCGGAAGAGGAGACCGCCGAGAUGAAGGCCCGGUAUGGCGAGCUGCCCCUCAUGCAGUCGCAGGAUCGCCCACGCGAAGACCGCACGCGGUUCGACGAGAUCUCGGCCGCAAUGGUCGGCAAGGAGAUUUUCUUUACGGCCAGGCUGCACGUCGUGCGCCGCCUCAGCUCGAAGCUGGUGUUCCUCGUCUUCCGCCAGCAGCUCCAUACCUUCCAGGGUGUGCUGCACGAGAAGGAAGGGAUCUCGUCCGUGGUCAUGAUCCAAUGGGCCGAGCACCUGCGCGUGGGGUCCUUCGUUCGCGUCCGGGGUACUGUGCAAGCACCCGACGUGCCCGUGCUGGGCUGCAGCAUUCAUGAUGUGGAAUUGUCGGUUGAGUCGCUGCAUCUCCUGGUGCGGCGUGAGGAGCCGGUCCCCUUCAGUGUCUACGAGGCCGAGAUCCGCACCACCGAAGAGGAGAAGGCCGAAGGCCGACGCAGUCAUAUUCCCGACCGCACUCGUCUGGCAAACCGUCUGCUGGAUCUACGCACUGCCACCUCGCAGUCUAUCUUCCGACUUCAGUCGGCCACCUGCAACCUGUUCCGCACCGCUCUGGAUGAGCGUGAAUUCAUCGAAAUCCACACGCCCAAGCUGCAGGGCUCCGCCACCGAGUCCGGUGCCAGUGUCUUCCAAGUCAACUACUUCGGUCGACCGGCAUUCCUGGCCCAGUCACCGCAGCUGGCCAAGCAGAUGGCUAUUGCUUCCGAUUUUGGCCGCGUUUAUGAGAUUGGUGCCGUCUUCCGCGCCGAGAACUCCAACACCCACCGCCACCUGACGGAGUAUACGGGACUGGACAUCGAGAUGGCCAUUGAAGAACACUACCACGAGAUGCUGGAGACGCUUGACGCCGUGAUUAAAAAUAUUCUGAGCGGUAUUUACACCAAGUACCGCCGAGAGAUCGAGCUGGUCAAGUAUCAGUUCCCCUCGGAGGAUGUCGUGUGGCUGGAGAAGACGCCGAUCAUCCGCUUCGCCGAUGGUAUCAAGAUGCUCAACGACUCGGGCUGGAGGAACGAAGAUGGCGACGAGCUACCGUUGGAUGAGGACUUGGCCACGCGCGAUGAGGUGCGUCUGGGUGAGCUGGUCAAGGAACAGUACGGCACCGACUACUACGUCCUGGACAAGUUUCCGCGCGGUGCUCGCCCCUUCUAUACCAUGCCCGACCCCGAAGAUGACAACUACACCAACUCCUUCGACAUGUUCAUCCGCGGCCAGGAGAUUGUGUCGGGUGGCCAGCGUAUCCAUGAGCCUCGAAUGCUCGAAGAGAACAUGCGCCGCGUCGGAAUCGAUCCGGACGACAUGGAGGAGUACAUGGAAGCUUUCCGUUGGGGUGCGCCACCGCACGCAGGCGCUGGUGUUGGUCUUGAGCGCCUGCUGAUGCUUCUGCUCAAGGUGGGUAAUAUCCGCCUCACCUCGCUCUUCUACCGCGAUCCGAAGAGUCUGCCCGCGAAACCCCCUGUGCAGCAACUCCGCCACCCGGAUUGCUCGACACUGGAGCCCCGGUGGAAGCGAGAGAAGACCGGCGGCGUGGCGAAGGAUGAGAGUGAGCUGCAGCCGCUGGAAAAGCUAGUCGCCAACUACGGUGAUGCCACGUCAACCUCCUGGUUCGAUGACCGGUACAAGGUCUGGCGGGACAUGGCCACCGGUGCCGCCGUCGCCUACGUACCCAGCUCCAGCAAUUACGUGAUCAUUCCGGGCAAUCCGCUUUGUGACAAGAGUCAGUACACACGCACCAUCACUCAGUUCCUGCAGUGGCUGCGCCGCGAUACGAAAUACAAACCGGUGUGGCUUCUGUGCUCGCCCGAAGUUGAGACUAUCCUCGGCGAGCGUCUGGGUUGGCGCAGCUUAUCCUGUAUCGCCGAGGAGCGCGUUGACCCCCACCGCAACCUGGCCGCCUCUGAUGGUGAGAUCUCCCGCAAGCUCCGCCGUGCCGAGAACGAGGGAAUCAAGGUGUCUUCAGCGAGCCAAGGCGAGUUGCCACCCGCCGACGUGAAAAAGAAGAUCGAAGAACGCAUCCAUGAGUGGCUAGCCAACCGCAAAGGCACGCAAGUGCAUCUAUCCGAGAUCCGACCGUGGUGCGACUCCGAGCACCGCUGGUACUUCUGGGCAACCGACGCGGACGGCAAGAUUUGCGCCUUCGUGGCGCUGGCAAUGCUGUCUCCCGAGCACGGCAUGCAGGUCAAAUACAGUCUCGACUUCCCGGGCUCGCCCAAUGGGGUCAUCGAAUACAUCGUCACGAACGCCAUCCAGACAGCUGCCAAGGCCGGCGUCAAGAGCCUCACCUUCGGCGCCGGCGCCACCACCCACCUCAUUCCAGGCCACAACAUGCACGGCGCCAAGGUCAAGAUGCUGGAGCACACGUACGAUGCUCUAGCGAAGCAGUUCCACCUCGUGCGCAAGAGCGAGUUCCGCGCUAAACUGGGCGCUACCGAAGAUCCGCUGUAUAUCUCCUACCCGGCCCACGGCCUGGGGUCUAAGGGUAUCCGCGCCAUUCUGAACUUCUUUGAGGAUUAA